AUGAGUCUGAAAAAGCGGCCGGCCCAGUGUUCUCCUAAGCUACAAGCCCAUCUACAGCAGUUGCCUUUCUACGACAAGGCUGACAGCACCCACAAUUGCAUUGCCCUACUUGAAAAUGCGAAUGUUCUAUGUGUAGAAGGCAACCUAUUGGCUUUCCAGCCCCAAGCGAGAGCGGAGGCACUCCUAGACCUAGUGCAAUACAAGCAGCUCAACGGCACACUGGACGACUACUGCGACGAUUUCAAGGCACGGUACCCUACCUUUAACAGUCUUGGAGGUGAUCUGACAACAAAAGAGGACACCUGGACGACUGCAAACGGCACAACUGCAUCAGCCAACCAAGCAUUGCUUGUGUGCCUGGUCUUGGCCAAUGCCGACAGGAAGCGGUUCAGAGAUUGUGUGACGGAUUUGCGGAAUGACGCGUCGUCAAAACUAGUUUGCUAUCCUGAAACACUUGCGGAUGCAUACUCGAUGCUUGGAGAAUAUGUUCGGAAGCACAAGAAACAUAGUAAUAACAACAAUAUAUGCGUGGUUGAUCGACUUGGUGUGGAUCCUACUGGAUACGGCAACCACAGUUACAAUUUUCUGCAAUGCUCUCUACCUACGAGGAAUAUGACAAGCAUGACAACCGACGACCAUUCAUACAUCUGGAGGAACGAUCACAGCAACAAUAGAAAGAUACUUGCCUUUCCUUCAAAAAUGGGUUGCCUUCCAUCCGGAUUGCCUCGCAAACAACAUUUUGUUCCGGGACCUCCUGGACGCGCACCAUGUGACAUUGAACUCUUGUCAGUCACGUAG